AUGGUACCAGAAACUUUUGAAAAACUUCUUUCUUGGGUUUCUCCUUACAUACAGAAAAAAGCAACAAAAAUGCGUGAGCCCAUUUCACCCAGUGAAAGAUUAGCAGUUACUUUGAGGUACCUAGUCACGGGAGAUGAACAAACCAGUAUAGCAGCUAGUUAUCGCAUAAGCCCUUCGACCGUAGGAAGGAUUAUUGGUGAAACGUGUCAAGUUCUUUGGCAUGUUUUGAUCGAAAACGGCUACUUAAGUGCACCAAAAACUAAAGAACAAUGGAAGAAAAUUGCUAGAGAAUUUGAGAGUAAAUGGAACUUUCCACAUGCACUUGGUGCCAUCGAUGGGAAACACGUAGUAAUGCAGGCACCUGCUCGUUCUGGAUCUGAUUAUUUUAAUUAUAAGAAGACACAUAGUAUUGUGCUUUUAGCAGUCUGUAAUGCAGACUACGAAUUUACUCUCGUGGACAUUGGUGAUGCAGGUAGACAGAGUGACGGUAGUGUGUACGCUAAUAGCUAUCUUGGCCAUGCCAUAGAUAAUAAUCUAUUGAAUCUCCCUGGGUCUGAAAAGCUAUUCCAACCUGACUCAUCAAACAAAACCUACCCUUAUGUAUUUGUCGCGGACGAUGCUUUUGGACUCAAGACUUUCAUGAUGAAACCUUACCCAGGACAGAACUUAACCCUUGCAGAAAGGGUGUUCAAUUAUAGACUAUCAAGGGCACGGCGAAUUAUUGAGAAUUGUUUUGGGGUUGCAACAUCACGUUUCCGAGUGUUUCGAAAACCAAUCAUUGCAAACGUGGAGAAGGUGAUAAAUAUUACCAAAGCAGUUGUUGUUUUGCACAACUUUUUAAUGGCAACAAGAUCUCCAGAGGAUACCCACAGUUACUGCCCACUUAGCUACACAGAUCAUGAAUCAGCAGCUGGUCAGCAAACUGGGGAAUGGAGAAGGGAAGGAAACAUUGAAGGAAUGGUCCCUAUUCCGCAAAUUGGUUCAAACAACUAUUCUAAAUCAGCCAAAAGUACUCGUGAUGACUUCAAGGAAUAUUUCAAUUCACAACAGGGUGCUGUCAGCUGGCAAAUGGAAAUGGUUACGCGAACCUUACAUUCACUUGACAAUUAA